CUCUGCUGGUUAAGCCUGAGAAGCGGGAUUGUUGUUACCGUUCUGCUACCAAAUGAGACCUCUGCCGGUAUGUUAGCUCGUGUUUUUACCCAUUGACAGCCUUUAAGUUAUAUUAAUGCUUCUGGCGUUUUUCUAAUGCAUGUGCGACGCACCAAACGCUACAAAUAUCUGACAACUUAAAAUGAAGUGUUUCUUCCUGAGCUAACUUAACAUUUAGGUUAGCUAAACAGAGCAAAAAAGCAUUGAAAGUCAUCAUUCUCUCCAGAGCAUGCGACAUAGAAAAGCCUUUAAACAACGUUUUCAUAUAGCAACACCACUUCCGCUUACAUCAUGACCGAGAGAGCCAACAAAGACACACUCAAGCGAAGCUUGUCGUUGUCCAAGAGCAAGAAGAAAGGCAAAGUCAAAGCUGGGAUGUCUGCCAGCGCUGCUGCCGCCACAGCUCCAAUCACCUCCUUCUUCAGCAGCCAGCCUCCGCCUAAGAUAGCCUGUCCCCUGUGUGGCCACUUGGUACCCAGAUUCAGGAUCAAUGAGCACAUUGAUUUGCAAUGUCAGAAGUUUGAGAGAGGAGACAGCAGUGCCACCUCAGCAAGUAAUAGUGUUGUGCCAAGCAACCAGCUGUCACCCAGAAGGAAUCCCCCAAAGACCCCCGAGCUGGAUCCAAAUAAGGAGGAAGAAGUCAAUGAGACCAAGACCAGCCCUUAUUUCAAAAAUAGUAACUUUCAGCAGGCACCACGAGAGAUAAACAGUAAACGUGUGGUCAGGACGAUUGACCUGGGAAGUCUCUCCUCCAAGUUGUCUAGGAAACGUCAUAAGGAACCAGAGAGGACACAAACAGAGGAUAAACAGGCAGCGACUUCUCCUGAAAAGGAGAUGUAUUCUGAAUCACUCAGCAGUUCACAGAAAGAAAAUCUUCUGAUUGAGAGUUUAGAAGACGAUAAAGAUUGUGCGACCGUCAUUGAUCUGACAGCAACCAGUGCAGACGCUCCAACAGCAGCAGAAGAUCUAUCAUGUUCAGAAAAAGGACAUAAAUCUGAACACAGAGCAUCUAAAUCAGAGACUGUCCAGAAACUGUUUACUCCAAAGCUCCACACGUCUUCCUCCAAACUAGCAAAGAGGAGAAAGGAAAAAGCUCCCACUGCUAGGGUGUAUGAAUUAAGAAAGAAAGCAAAAUAUGAGGGGAGUGGCAGAGAGCCAGAGGAGGAGUUGUGUAGUAUAGCAGAGAAAACUGAUACAGACCAGCUUAAAACUGAGGUACUUUCUACCACCACUACUUGUGACCCUCCUCUGAGUUCAGAGGAAACAUAUGAGAAGAGUGCUGCAGCGAUCAGUAGGGAUUCAUUGGCUGAGUCCGGUGCUGAAAACGCCACUAGUGACCAGGAUUCAGAGGGCUCUCCGUCCGCAUGGCUUCCUUACUACCUCCGUAACUUCCGGACCGUACUACAGGCUGUCCUUGAGAACGAGGACGACAGGGCAUUGUUCGACCAGCAUGAUAUGUCACUCGUACAUGCUUUUGAAAAGCUCUCAGUCAUGGGGCAGAAGCUGUACGUGAGACUCUUUCAGAGGAAACUGAAGUGGCUCCAAGUAAAUAAACUGGAUUAUGAAGAGAUAUGCAGCGAUCUGGGACCUGUUGCUCAGGAGCUGGUUCAAGGUGGUUUUCUACAGUCAGAGAGUGACCUUCAAGAGUUAGGGGAGGCUCUGGACCUCCUACCUGCUCCUGAACUCAAAGCUCUGGCUAAGACUUUCCAUCUGGGAAACUCUGGGACUCAGAAACAGCAGCUAGUGGACGGACUUCUCCGUCUCAGCAGGCAAAAGUCCCUCUUCUCUCUGACUCCUGCUCAAAGCAACAUCGGGACUGUCAUCCUUAAAAGGGCAAAGCAGCUUGCGGGUUCCUGCAUUCGUCUGUGUCGUGGUCCUCGGGCUGUCUUCUCUCGCAUUCUUCUACUCUUCUCUCUGACAGACACCAUGGAUGAGGAGGAGAUGGCGGCUGGUGGGCAGAGCCAGCUCUUCACCAUCCUGCUGGUCAACUCAGGACGUCUGGCCUUCCCAGACUACACAGUGCAGCGUACAGCCAAGGUGUUCCAGGACAGGGAGGAUCUUAUCAGAUAUGAGGCAGCCAUGCGAGCCCUGCAAGAGGUAGUUUCAGCUAUGCAGGGAGGUCAGUGGGAAGAUGCCAUGGAGCUUUACACUGCUGCCAAAAAUGCCUGGCAGGAGCUGAGGAAAAACCAUGACCUCAGUCACCAGGAGAAGCUGCCUGUGUUCCUGCGCAGCUUCACUACAGGAUGGGCUUACACUCGUAUCUUAUCCCGAGGGGUGGAGAUCUUGCAGAGGCUACGUCGCUAUGAGGAAGCAAUAGAAGAGCUGAGGUCCUUACUGUCGCAGUCUGUUUUCUGUCCUGACAGCCGAGGGCGGUGGUGGGACAGACUGGCACUAAACCUUCACCAGCACCUAAAAAAACCUGAGCAAGUUAUUUGUGCUAUCAGAGAUGGGCUGUCAGACCCUCUGGUGCGAACUGGACAUAAACUCUCUCUUCAUCAGAGAGCUGUUCGGAUGAAAGAGUCUGCAAGCUUUAAAAAGUACCGCCUGCAACUAAAAGACCUUCCCACUAUCCAAGUCCAAGAUGUAAAACAUGUGACCAUCCGGGGACAGCUGUUCCCUCAUGAGGGGGGUAUGGGGAAAUCUAAGUUUCUUAUACCAGCAAAUGGAGAGGGGGGAGAGAGUGCUAAUGCUACUGUAAUAGGCUCUGUGGAAGAGCUGUCUUUAGCACACUACCGCCAACAAGACUUUGACCAGGGGAUCCAUGGAGAGGGCUCAACAUUCUCAACAUUGUUUGCUCUGCUGUUGUGGGACAUAAUUUUUAUGGAGGGUAUUCCAGAUGUUUUCAGAAAUCCGUACCAGACAUGUCCACUGGAUCUUUACACUGACUGUUUCUAUGAGAACAGAAAAGAGGCGAUCGAUUCUCGUGUGCAGUUAAUUCACGAGGCAUCCGUGGAGACGUUGCAUGACAUGUUGGAAGAUGUCUGGACCUCCCAGGAGGGUAAAGUGUGUUCAUUGGUCAGCUGGGAGCGUUUCUCAUCCCUUCAACAGGCACAGUCGCUUGUUUCAUGCAUGGGUGGAGCCUUCUUAGGAGGGGUAAUAGCGCGGAUGUCAAAAGACUACAGACACUGCCGUGGAGGUUUGCCAGAUCUAGUAGUGUGGAACACUUCAAACAACAGCUACAAGCUGGUGGAGGUGAAGGGGCCCAGUGACCGGCUGUCCCAGAAGCAACAGAUCUGGCUGGAUGAGCUGCAGAAACUGGGGGCUGAUGUGGAGGUGUGUCACGUGGAGGCUACUGGAGCCAGAGGAGUUCGUCUGGAAUAAACAGACACAGAAGAACUGACUGAUAACACUGCUGCUAACUAUUGUGUGGUCAAAAUGGAAACAUCAGCUGAUAGAAUCUCUGAAAAAAAAAAAAAAAAGAUCUUGGUGCCUUUUCUGAUUCUGGUCAUUUUGAACAGAUGUUGAUGUUUAUCUCAAAAACUCAAUUUAGUUUCCAUAUAUCACAAAUUUAAUCCUAUCUGAGAAUAGGGAAUGUCAUAGCAAGGAGUGUGCCUUGUGAUAUGUGGCUUAUUAUCAGGGAAACCACUACCUUCAAUAGGAAGAGGUGCAUCAUGAGAUGAAGAUCAUCACUGAGAACUGCCAGGACCAGAAAUAGCCUGCUUACAGAUCAUCAGUGCUGAUGCAUGACAGGAUCCAACAACCACGCCAAACUGAUGGUGUUUCCUUUUCUUUGGCAACACUAUAUUCUCAGGAUCUUGGGUUGCCAAGCAACGAAAGCUUGCAUUUCAUUGGCUGCCUACGAAUUGUGUGACAGCUCUACGAGUUUGUUAUGCAAGUAAUUACCGUAAUAUACCUAAAAAUAUGUAAUUUUGCCACUACUCUUGCAAGACAAAAAAACAUCAGUUGGGUACCACGAAAUAAAAUAAGAGAAAUAAAAUAAUUGGGUUUUUAUGUUGCCAUUUGUAAAAUGUCAGAAAAUUGUGAAAAUGCCUAUCAUAGUUUGUUAGACCCUCAAGUCAUCAUCUGAUUGCUUGUUUGGUCCGACCAACAGUCCAAACCCCAAAUUAUUCAGCUUCCACAUACAACAAAGAACGGCAAAUCCUCAUAAUUGAGAAGCUGGAACUUGGCAAUAAACUUAACUGAUUGAUGAACUUUCUGUUGAUUUGAUUAAUGAACAAAACGUUUUAUUUUUAAGAGAUAUGUAACUGUAUUGAUGUCUAAAAUGUAACAACUGUUUCGAUGUAAUGAUAAAUGGACACUUGGAAGUAUUAAAAGAAAAACGUUGGUAUUA